AUGACUCUGCGGUCGCCGCCGGGGGCACUGGACCACCCAAAGCUCCUGCAGGCGACGAGCCCUACUACUAGUAGUAGCAGGGACCAUCAUCGUCUCAUCAGCAGUCUCAGCGUCGUCGACGACAUGCUCCCGCGGUCGCCCAAGCUGCUCAGGACCAACUCCUCCAAGAAGGUGCCGGCGGCCAGCAACCUGGAGCGGGCGCUGCUCAGCUUCAAGUCCUGGGAGGCCAGCGCCGGCGCCAUCGACGACGCCAACAAGCCCGCCGCCGGUGUCGCGGCCGCCGUUCCGGUUCCGCCGGCGUCGCCCGUGCAGCGCCGCAUCCACGGCGCCAGGCCGGGACGCCUGGCCCUCCACAGCCCGACCAUGGCUGCUGCCGACACCACCGUCGACGUCCUGCGGUCCCCGCUCCACGAGGCCGCCGCCACCCGGGUGCAGAAGAUGUUCAAGGGCCACCGCACGCGCCGCACCCUGGCCGACUGCGCCAUCGUCAUCGAGGAGCUGUGGUGGAAGCUCUGCGACUCCGCCUCGCUCGACCGCACCUCCAUCUCCUUCUUCACCGCCACCGCCGGCGGGGGCAAGCAGGAGACGGCGGCGUCGCGCCGGCCGGCCGCUGACUCACUGAAACGAAUGGCAUCCAUUCAGAACGAGCGGGCGGCGUACCAAGUGGUGGUUGAGGACGGGAGGCUGACGUACCUGCAGACCGGGCUGCCCGUCAACACCACCGACGAGUCCAAAUGGAUCUUUGUGCUCAGCACCACCAGGUCGCUCUACGUCGGGCAGAAGCGCAAGGGCCAGUUCCAGCACUCGAGCUUCCUCGCCGGCGGCGCCACACAGACAGACAGACAGAGUCAUACUGGUCAGCCGAGACUGGCAAGGACAGCACUGCUACGCCUCUUUGAACUGAACCAAAGAAUGAAUGAAAAAGAAAAACCAGCAAGGCAGGCAAACGUGCUCGUUGACAGACAGACAUCUCGCCCGUCAGCGUCUGUGUUACCUAUCCAGGCUAUUCUCAAGGCACGUGCCUCCGCGGUCAAGGGCUCUUAG